AUGCCUGAUAAACGCGUGACAACUUUACCACCACAUGCCCCUCCAACAGAAAGUACAAGAAUACAAUACCAUCCUACACUUAGUCAAAUCCAGUCUGACUCAGUAUCAGCUUUAGCUGACAAGUAUUGGAGGAAUAGAGAUGUCAAACUCAGAAAAUGGUCACCAGAAGUAGUAGAUAAAAUUUAUUCCGAAGAAUUGGAAGAAAAUAAUUUUGAUGUUAAAAAAUUAAUGUUAUUAGAGUUCAGCCAAUAUUUGGAAAAUUCUGACUCAGUAUCAGCUUUAGCUGACAAGUAUUGGAGGAAUAGAGAUGUCAAACUCAGAAAAUGGUCACCAGAAGUAGUAGAUAAAAUUUAUUCCGAAGAAUUGGAAGAAAAUAAUUUUGAUGUUAAAAAAUUAAUGUUAUUAGAAUUAGUGUCACUUCCAACAUGGCAUUGUCUAGAUCCACAAUCAUUAAGAGAGCAUGAAUUUGAAUCAAAUAAAGAACUUAAAAAAGCAUGGAAUUAUUUAAUGAAAAAAUAUACCAAAGCAGAUAAUAUACAAAAAGAAAAACUCAUAUUUGAAAGAACUUGGAUUAGUAAUUUGAUGAAAGGAUUUAUAAAAAUAUUGUAUUCAAUACCUUCUAUAGCUGAUCCUGAUGCAAUUGCUUAUUGUGAAAGAUUCCUGGAAUUUUUAAUUGAUCUAGAGGCACAAUUACCAACAAGAAGAUAUUUUAAUACUUUAUUAAAUGAUCAUCAAAUUUUAGUGCUGUGUAAAUUAUCUCCUUUGCUGAAACGUCAGGAAGGAUGUGAACUUUUUAAACAACUUUUAGAAAUUUUAAAAUUUUAUGCUGGUUUUGAGAUUAAUGACCAUACUGGCUCUGCAUUAACUUAUGAUCAACUUACCGAAAUACAUUGUCAAAAAUUAACUGCAUUACAG